AUGCAAGUUUUAAAGGGUUUCGUUUCCCCUUGUAGAUUUAGGAAGAUUCGUUACUCCUUCAUCAAAAUAGACACCGGAUUUAAACUCGGGGGGCUUGCUUCAUCAGAUUGGGGGCUUUGGUUGGGGUUCUCUGGAGAAGACAGCGGCGAUCACCGUGCGCUGCAGCCUUCUCCAGACGGUUCAGUUUUCCAGUGGAACAUGUGGGACAGGUGUCACCGGACGGUGGUGACACCAUUUCCCAUCCUAUGUAUGCAAUCACACGUCCUUACGAUGUGCCAACACCCUCAUCAUCCUUCAUCAAGAAUACCUGAAGUCAAUGACAAAUCCAAUGAUGAGGAUGCUCCCCAUGAUCAGUACACGCGUGGACCGACUGCACCAGAUCUGCCAACAACGCGGGCUUUUCCUGAGUGGGCCUGGACGAAUUUUGUUUCAUAA